AAAGCGUAAAAGAAAACGAAGCGAAAUAAAACACACAUAUAACCACGGCAUUCAAGGUUGUAGUUUUAUACGCAUAACGCUAAGGAAUCAACAUCUUUUAUUUCGCUUCUUUGUCAAUGACGGUAAAGCUUCUGGCGCUUGCAUGACCACGGCCGAACACGCGGUGCACGCAGCGUGAAGUACUCAUUGGAGAAGCUACGGAACCCACAAGGAGACGGACGAGACUCGCUCGUGGGUGGUCAAGAAACACCAAGAGAACACGGAGGCCAACGUGGGUACGUGCUUGAGGACCACAGAAAAGGCGAUCUGUUCUCAUGAACGUAUGUGUGCAUGAUCGUGCACAUAUGGUCAUCUCACUCUAACCAACGAAGUUUCCUAUACCGGCGACUGGAGGCUUAAGUGCGCAGUUGGCUGACGAAAUUGGACAACACAUUUUGGAUGGUGGUGUUUGAUGAGUGGCAGUAGAUUGUUGAUUUGAGGAAAGGGUCAGUCUGUGGGCUAUGUAUACCAGAGCAAUGAGCAAAUUAAGGGCAGCAAAUGACCAGCGCGAAGACACCGCUGAGAUGGAAACCGUGGAAAAAGAAUCCAUACACAAGGAAGCCUCUAAUACGGAGGAAGACGGUGCCGUCGCUUCGAAGGAAUCACAAUCAGGUAUCGUCAACGCAAUGUUGGAGAUGUGGCGCCAAAUGCAGGAAGGCCAGCAAGCUAAUGCAAUGCAAAUGCAGCAGUUUCAAAUGGAAAUUCUGAGGAUGAAUCAAAUUCAAAUGGAAAAAACUAAUAUACUUCUGCAAUCCCUUGGUAUUAGUGGAGGAACAACUGGUGGGCCAGGGCCACCAUCAACAACGGCCGAGUCCUCAGUGACAACGGAUGCAGACUUACCACCAAGGCAGCCGGUUGCUGCUCAGGAAACGCAUCGAAAUUUGUACGAUCUGUCGGAGUUUAACGGUGCCCCUGAAGAAUGGCCAAUGUUCAACGAAGCCUUCAUUGUGACCACUGCAGAGUAUGGUUACAGAGACAGGCAAAAUUUGAUACGCCUUCAAAAGGCUAUAAAGGGCAAAGCUAGAGAGACUGUCGAGUGUUUGCUUAUUCACAGUUCAAACGUUCCAAAUAUAUUAGAAACACUCAAGCAACAUUUUGGUAGACCCGAGAAACUUGUAAAAAGUCAGAUUAGUCGCGUUAGAGAAUUUCCAAGCAUUCGCGAAGGUAGAUUGGAACAAUUAGUUGAUUUUAAAAUGAAAGUACAAAAUUUGGCCUCAUUUCUGGAAGCAGCUAGCGCACAUCAGCAGCUAAAAAAUCCAACGUUAAUGGAAGAGUUAAUCUUAAAGUUGCCGGUGCAGCAGAGAUUGGAGUGGGCACGCCAUUCCAAGCCAUUAGGAGAUGAAAAAUCGAUCCAUCAUUUAAGUCUAUGGCUUCAGGGACUGGCCGAAGAUGUGCAAGAAGCAGGAUUGGUAGAUGAUCAGGUGACGUUCAAGCCAAGGAAAGAGAAGUCGAGAUUAUUUCAUGCAAAUGAAAUGGGACCCGAAAAGGAGAAAGCAUGCUCAGCCUGCCAGGGGAAACACGACUUGGACAACUGUAAGGUAUUCGCGCAGAUGGAGCUUCAGAAAAAAUGGCUGCAUGUACGGGAAGGGAAACUAUGCUUUAAUUGUCUCAAAUAUGGCCAUCGCAGUCAAAAAUGUAGGCGGCAAAACCAAUGCCAGCUAGAUGGUUGCUUAAAACGUAUUCACUGGCUGCUCCACGAAGAAUCCGUUAAAAAUCCAGACGAGGAAAUAAAGUUUACAGGUACAGCGACUCAUGAGGAGAACUCGAUUAUUUUGUUUAAGAUUCUGCCGCCCCGGGGCCCUCGCCGAACCCUGGCAGACGAGCUAGGGUUGCAUGGACCAAGAACCCCGUGGAGAAAAGGAGCCCGGUGGUGA